GAAAAUUUGGGUGUCGACGUGAACGAUUUAUUCGAGGGGGAUAUGAUCCUUCCUACGGAUGUCCUCUAUAGAGCCGAGCACGGAAUGGAUGUUGAUAGCUCCCGCAAAAGAGGUUCGAUCAGAAGCAGACUAUGGCCGUCAGGAGAAGUCCCAUACGUAAUCGAUAAUAGUCUUGGUAAGGGUGAAUAAAAUAUGUUAUCUUUAAAAAUCUGCAAAUAAUCGCAAUUUUUUGCUCUCUAAUGCACCAAAGAUCUGGUCCACGAUUUGCAAAAAAAGGGAUAGUUAAGUGUGCUUGUUUCAAGAGAUUGAAACUAACCUCCUAGUCUGUGAUUUUUUAUACAGCUAGAGGGCGGGCCAGGGCUGCCAUAAAUGCAGGUAUGAAUGAAUGGACAAAAAAGACAUGCAUCCGUUUUAAGAAGAGAACAAAUGAAAGAGCUUACGUCAACUUUGCUAGCGGCAGGUAAGAUACUAUUAGCGUAAUUUGUUCCAAAAAAAACCUUACUGAUUCAAAGUUGAAAACAGUGUUUGAACAAAAUUGAAAAAAUUGGAUAACGAAAUUUGAGGUUAGAGUUACCUUUCGAAUGCUUUAAUUUUACCUGGCGGGCAAAAAAGUAUGUAUUCAACGGGCAGGACAGAAACAAACAAUGGUACCGAUGGAUGGACAAGACAUAGUAAUCAAGUUUUCUUGUCGUUAUGAUCUACCUUAGUUAUUAUCCUGCUUAUGGGGCUACGUUGCGCGCGCUCCGCUACUAGGAAAUCUUAUGCAAAGCAACGACGGCGACUGCAACGAGAACCAAAAACUUUUAUGAGACGGAAAAUAGCUCUGUGCGUGCGUUUUAAAACCUAAUACAUUUCUUGGUUGUUCUCCGCCAAACAACAACGUGAGAAAUCCGACAAAAAUUAGGUACAUGUCAUGAUUGCGUAAGGUCCCCCCUUAUAAUCAACUGAAAGAGAGCGACAUUCCGGUACUUUUUUCAUAAAAAGAACAUCAUACUGUGUAAAUUAUUUAAAAUGCCUUCUUGUAAUGUCAAUCUAUUUUACAGCGCAGGGUGCUGGUCAUAUGUGGGUAGAACUGGAAACAGUCAAGUUAUCAACCUUGGAUCAGCCGGAUGCUGGACUCAAGGAAUUGUUGCCCAUGAAAUCGGUAAAUUAUUUGGUCUUGUGUCUGUUUAUUCAUUCUUUUUUUAUUAUUAUUAUUAUUUUCCUUGUGUUUUAAGUUUAUCGUUUUGUCUGCUCGGGGUGUUUACUGGUUGCUUCUCGUGCUGUUUUUCUUUUACAUUUUUCCCUUUUUUUGUUAAGAUCUGUUUUUAUUUUUAUUUGUAUAUAUUUUAGAAAUGUUAUUUCAUAUAAGCGUUUAAGGACGUCGUCGACUGAUAUUUCUAAAGACUUGGGAAAAAUUCUAGAACAACUCUUUAUAUCCGAACUUGGGACCAUUUCAUAAAAUCUGAAUAUUGAAAAUUUUCAAUAUCUUGAUUUAAGUUUGGAAGAAGUAGCAUGGAUCAUAAGCUACCGACAUGAUAUCAUGUGUGUGAAUGGCAAAAAAACCAAGCGUCUUAUUGAUUUUUCGCAGGCCAUGCCAUUGGAUUCUUUCAUGAACAGUCUCGUCCCGAUAGAGACCAGUUUGUCAUUGUUCAGCUGCAAAAUAUAAUACCAGGUGAGGCUUGGUGUGAUUUUGUAGAUCUAGUACAGUCCUGGUAGAAUUACUCUUGUGUUUUCUUUCAUCUCACAUUUUGUACUUUCAAAACUGUACUAAACAGAGUAAAUGCGAUGAGAGUAAAUUUAUAUUCAAUGUAUUUAAAAAAAAAAAAAAACUUUAUGGGAUAGCUCUUCAUUCUUAAAUUUCUCCUCUCAGUCUUGUUUUGAAACUCAAAAGAACUCGCACGAGCUAUCUAUUUCCCGUAGAUUUUCGUAAAACAGUCAUAGCUACACUUCUCGCUUAUUGGAAGCAAUCUUCGUUUCCUCUAAGGUCAUUUUUUUUUAAUAUGUUACCCUUGACUAAGUGAAUCCUAUUAUCAAUACCGAGAAAGUUAAAACAAAAGUUAACUGUACUCUAAUCCAAAAUUCUAAAUUUAUUUUGAAGCAUUUUUAAAGGUGUUAUAUGUUGUAUAAACGCAUUUUAGGAGCUUCGCCUUUGACAUCUACAAGCUAUCUACAUGCUAUUAAAAUAUUUUAUUGGAUAGCACAUAGUGUGCAAAAAAAUGGAAAAAAAACUUUUACUCCAAUAUUUACCGUCAUUUCGUUCUCCAACUCACGAAAUCUCGAACCUUUUUCAAGUUCCCCUGAAUAGAGUUCUUGUUAUCAGUCUUAUCAGGAUUGAUAGCAGUUUCUUCCUUGUGUCCAACCGUUAUGUGAUCAGCCACUGAAAAUAUUUCAAUUAAAAAAUAUAACUGCAAUAUUUAAUUUUAAUUUAUUGCAGGCAGAGAGAGUAAUUUUAACAAGUACCCAAGGUCAAGGAUUGAUUCUCUCGGCACCCCUUACGAUUAUGAAAGCGUGAUGCACUACAGUGGCACAGCGUUCAGUAGGAACGGACUUCGAACCAUAGUAACCAAAGACAGUAGGGUGUGUUAUUGUGGCAACCAAAAUCAUGUUCUUUAUUCAUGUUUUUUUGCUUUUAAGCUAAAAAAUGGGGCAAAUUUUACGCAACUUUCCUGCCACUAUACCUGGGGGAGACUCAGUCUGCGGUGUAAUGAACCAUUUUCAGUUCCCUAUUGCCAGAGGGCUCGUUUCUCGAAGUCCCGUCAUGCUCUUUAGACUAAGAUUUAUAUCUAAAUCUAUGGAGUUUAAAUAGACAGGGUCACACCUCAUAAACUACUCCAUUCUAUUUCACUCCCCGAUAUUUCCAUUGUUUCAAUUCAAACCCGUUUUCAUCUCGAUCGUGAGUGAAAACAUGGCAAACGAUAAGCUCUUCGGGUCCUUAAGGUCAUAGGGACUCUCGCCAGGAAUGGCCCCAGGACGCCUAUUGCCUAAAGCAAUCCCUUAUGUUAUCAACUUCCUCCAAUCUCACCGAUAUUUUCUGAUUAGCCAUUGUAUUGGACCUGCAUCUGUCGAUGAGCAAUUUGCGCAAUUUGAGCAAAAAAAUUGCAGUGGGAGAAUAUAAUUUUGCAGUGCAUUUUUAUAGACUUUAAUAGCGUUCAUAUUUAUUGGGUUUUUCGUAUAGUUUGAUUUCUUCUGUAACUCUAGAGUUAUUUUGAAAGCAAGUUGUUGUUUUCUUUGAAUCUCAUAGUACGUCUUCUUCGCAGCUCCAUGGUCCUUAGGAUAUUUCACAACGCUUAAACUUCCAUCAUUUGUAACUCGGUGAUUAUUGUGACGUUUGUGUAUCAUAUUUUCCAGUUUAACAAUGUCAUUGGCCAGAGGAACGGUUUAAGUUCAAUUGAUGCUCGGCAAGCGAACCUUUUGUACCGAAGUGAAUGUGCAAAGAGAGCG